CCAUCGAGGCCAUGGAAGACUUCACCGGGGGUGUAGCAGAGACCUUUGCAACUAAAGAGGCUCCAGAGAACUUCUAUGAGAUUCUAGAGAAGGCCCUGAAGAGGGGCUCUCUCGUGGGCUGCUCCAUUGAUAUCAGAAAUGCUGCAGAAUCUGAAGCCCGGACACCUUUUGGUCUCAUUAAGGGCCAUGCCUACAGUGUGACAGGAAUUGACCAGGUAAACUUCCGAGGCCAGAAAAUGGAGCUCAUCAGGGUCCGGAACCCUUGGGGCCAGGUUGAGUGGACCGGGUCCUGGAGUGACAGGUCAGUCCCACCUCUGCCUUCCUGGGACGCAGAGCCCCGGGGCUGGCUUCUGCAGGCCUAUGAAGAAGGGGCACUGUGUCCAUAGUUCCCUCCUGGCUCUAGUUCCGGGGGCGGUCCUGCUGCUGGGGUUGCCCUUCUUCCUCCCUCAGCCCUCUGGCCCACCAUGCAGUCAAAAUUCAACACUUUAUAAUGGCUUUUUUACCUUUCCAGUUAUUGUAUUUA